GACACAGACACACUUUUUUUAUUUUAACUUUUGUUAUUUUGGGAGUUUCAACUAUGAAGUUGAUUUGGAUGAUUCUGAUGUGCAUAAGUCUUUUAAUAUCAGCAGCAGAAAGCGAAGUACACACUUUGGAGUACUUAUCGGUAAUGUAUUCAAAGCCUGGAAACCAAUCCCAAUACCAGCAAGUGAUCAUGUUUGACGGGAUUUCUAUCUCUCACUGUGAGACUGCAAAUUCUGGUGAAAAGCUCAGACGACGCUUCGAAGACAAUCAACCAUCUUUCAACAUGAAAUUGCAAGAGAGCAUCCAAGACUGUUCUAACGAAGUUUGGGACUUUAGGAACUCAUUUGUGGAAAUAUCUCAUUUAACCAACAUAGGAGUGGAUUUAAUCCAGAGACAAAGUGGCUGCACCUACUCAUCAGACCAAGAGUCCAACUCUACAUUUGAUAACUGGGCUGUCAAUGGGACGGACUUUCUAACUUUCAAUUCCAACUCUCGGACAUGGAAAUCAGAAUCUCCACUGGCAGUCCCCGUAGAACGGAAAUGGAAUUCAGCAGAUAUUCAUAAAAACAAACUAGUUUGGUUUCUGAAAGAUGAUUGUCCUUCUAUACUUGUCCUUAUUCUGAAGAGAAGGCAAGAAAUGAUUGCUACUAAUACAGACAUAACCAUCUUUGGUAAACCACUUCCUCAAAAUGACAGUGUCUCUCAGGUGUCAUGUUACAAGCACUGACCUCUCAAUACAGAAGGUCCAUUUGACCAGAAAUGGGUCUGUGAUGGAUCAGGUGAGAACCGUUGGACCCUUGCAUUUAGGAAAAGGAUUAAUCCUGAUAAGAGUGACUAUGGAGCUCUUAAACGACAAAUACAUGAAGAAAUGGAGCUACCACUGUGAAGUCCACACCCUUA